CAUAAUUUCUAAUUUUUAGAAUUCCAGAUUAUGUAAUACAUUACCUGCCGAACUUAAAGCAUCUGCUACUUCUUUAAUAUUCUGAUUGGCUCACCUCUAACCUUGUUAAAAUAAUUAAUUAUUUUUAAUACAAAAGUUGAUUAAGGCAUUUAGGGGCUUCAAGAAGAGGAAAAUAAUUAACAUUAACACAUUUGAAUAGCAGAAUCCUAAAAGAAAGGCAUGAUGUUGAAAUAAUAAUAAUUUCAAUGCUAGUUGGGACUCAAAUGAGGAUUUUUCUUUUUUUGUGAUAAAUUUAUCAAUAAUAAAAACAACGAAAUAGCACUAUAUAUAUUAAAUAGUAGAAG